AUGGGAAUUAGAGAAAGACUUCAUCCAAGGGAGAUUGGUGGAGGACGUUCAGAGUUUGCAAAAGCAUGUUUCUCAAUGACUCCGCACGAGAAGUCAAUUUUUUGUGGAGUUAUAAAGGCUGCCAAGUUACCAGAUGGGACUGCAUCAAAUAUUUCAAAAUGUGUACAAGUUGCUGACAAAAAAAUAUCCGGUUACAAGAGCCAUGAUGCGCAUUUCAUGUUACACUAUUUGUUGCAAAUUGCAGUAAGAAGCACAAUGCCCAAGGAGGUGGCAACCCCACUAAUUCGUCUUGGUUCCUUUUUCCGCUCUCUAUGUCAGAAAGUUAUACAAGUGGAAGAUUUAGAUUACCUAGAAGAUGAGAUUGCAGAGAUACUUUGUCAGUUGGAGAUGAUAUUUCCUCUAAGUUUCUUUGACAUAAUGGUUCAGUUGCCUAUUCACCUGGUAAAUGAAGUUAGAUUGGGUGGUCCUGUUCAAUUUCGAUGGAUGUAUCCCACCGAAAGAUACUUGUGUAAACUUAAGAACUAUGUCCGCAAUAGAGCGUAUCCUGAAGGUUCUAUUGUCGAGGGGUAUCUGGCUGAAGAAGCUAUAACAUUUUGCUCAAGUGAGCAUGAUCAGAGUGUUAAUUCAAACACUAACAAAAGGAUGUGGACCAAGGCCAAAAGUCAAAGUAAAGAAUUUGGUGAAUGGUUUAAAACUCGUGCCCAGAAAGAUGAUGUGCCAUUACAACUUGAAAAACUUUCUAGAGGUCCUAGUUUUGUUGCAAAGAGGAAACAUCAUACAAGUUCAAAAUCAACAACAAUAGAGCUUAGCAGCAUAAACACAUUCAAAGGGAAACAUCAUACAAGUUCAAAAUCAACAACAAUAGAGCUUAGCAGCAUAAACACAUUCAAAGGCUCCAAGGAUGGAAAUCCUAGGACAGAACCCAUCACAUAUUAUGGAGCCAUUGUUGAUAUAAUUGAGUUAUACUACUAUGGAAACUUCAACUUUGUGUUGUUUAAGUGCGAUUGGUUUGAGGUUGAAAAAGACAAAUACAGACUUACUUCUGUGCGUUUCAAUAAGAAAAUUUAUCAGAAUGAUCCGUUUGUGCUACCUUCUCAAGUUCAUCAAUGUUACUAUGUCCAAGACCCUUUUGAUCCAAACCGGCAUUAUGCUCUGCAAACAGUUCCACGAGAUUUCUUUAACAUUGCUGACACGUCAAACUUACAAGCUAAAGCACCUUCUAACGGAGAAAAUACUGAUGGUGAAUUAAAUUGGGUUAGGGAAGACAUACCUGCAACAAUAGCUGAAACACCUCAUGAAAUGAAUGAAGCUGAAAGUGAUGGAGAGGAUUUUGAUUAUGAUGAUACCCUAUUUGAUUUCAUGGACUAA